CCUACCAUUGUGUUUCACUUCAAGCUACUUUCACGUAUUCUGUUUGGAAGGCGAGAAAAGUUUGAAAGAAAAGAUAUAUAGAAGAAAAAAAAAUGUUGGGUGUUUUCAACAAAGGGUUGGUGAAUCCUCCUCAGGAGCUUCAUAGUCCGGCUUCCAUGGUUUCAUCAAAGAAACCAAAGCUACCGGAGGAAAUCGUUAAGGAUUUUCUUUCUUUGAAUCCAAAAAAUGCUUUCUCAAUCACCCUCGGUGCCUCUGCGGGUUCCAUUGCUUAUGUUCCACCACAGAAUCCUUACUCUUCUCCAAAAAGGUUGUUUUGUGCAGUGGAUGAAAUACAUUGCGUUUUCUUGGGGAAUUUGUACAAUCUGUGCAGCCUGAACAAGCAGUAUGGUUUGUCCAAAGGCACUAACGAGGCAAUGUUUGUCAUUGAGGCAUACAGGACCCUGCGAGACCGUGGUCCGUAUCCAGCCCAUCAGGUCCUCAAGGAUCUCGACGGUAGCUUUGGAUUUGUGGUCUAUGAUAGCAAGGCUGGAACUGUCUUCGCUGCAUUGGGUACAAAUGAAAAUGGAGGUGUGGGGCUUUUCUGGGGAAUUGCAGCAGAUGGAUCUCUGGUUGUUACUGAUAAAUUGGAGGUGGUGAAAGAAAGCUGUGCUAAAUCAUUUGCACCAUUUCCACCUGGUUGUAUGUUCCACAGCGAGAAAGGAUUGGUGAGUUUCGAGCAUCCAAGCAGGGAGAUGAAGGCGAUGCCUAGGAUUGAUAGCGAGGGGAUGAUGUGUGGAGCUGAUUUUAGUGUUGAUGUUCAUUCUAGGAGGAGCAGCAUGCCCCGUGUUGGCAGUGAAGCCAACUGGGCGCUGUAGUAUCCAAUUUCAACUUGUUUAUCCCUCACUGGGUUGUGUGCAUUAUCUUUUCUUUUUAUGGGUUUCUGUUCAGUUUAUGUUUAGAAUUUAAAUUGAAUUUGAUCAAUGCCAAUGCAAAUGGGAAAGAACAACAAUUCCUAUUGAAGCUUUCUAUCUUUUCAUCUCUUUUAUGUCAUCUGGUUUAUUUUCCUCUGCCAUUUUAGUUUCAGGCCUUGAAUUUUGUAUAAUAUCUUCUCAGUCCUCCUAAAUUCACUUACAAUGAAACAAAUGUCAAAAGAAUUG